AUGCCGCCAGACGAGACCGACCUCAUCAGCCGCUUGCAUUCGGAUGCCCUCGAGACGCCUACUUCGCUGACCCGACGACUUGUUGGCUCCAAGACCAGCCACGCGCGUGUGAACCCCGAUCCCAGCUCGUCCGACUCCGAUGCCGAAUCGUCCUCGCAGCAGAACCGCGGCCGCAAAUCGAAACACUCCCGCUCUAUGAGCAAUCCCUUCCCGUCGCUCUUCAGCGGUCGCAAGAGGCAGGGCUCGAUCUCGAAACCUCCCGCCGAGAUGGAUAGACCCAACGGUGGCCCUGCUUCGAUCAACAGGCAGGUCCAGACGCACAGGCGAGGAAGCCCCUCGAGGAGCAAGGAUUUUGCUACUGGCCACUGUAUGACGUGUGCCUCGCUCGUAAGGUGGCCGAAGGAGUUGAAAAUCUUCAAGUGCACCAUCUGCAUGACCAUCAAUGACUUGGUUCCAACAAGUGUUGAUACCCAGGGGUCUAAACAGCGCCAUGACACAAGCCCAGGCCCUUCAUCGGCGAAGCAAACGCCUCUUAGCCUGCCCAUCUCUCUUGAUCAGACCAGACAUCUAGCCCGGCAAAGUCUACGCUCAUAUGUUCUCAGAAGGCUUCGCAACCUGUCAGCAGAGGCCCGAACGGAGCGGGCCGGUGACGACUGGCCACCGCAUCAAGGUCGACUACACCCUGAUCUUGCUGUGCGGGCUCGUGGACCUCUGGACAUUACCCCAGACAGAAAGGGCCACGGCACCAGAUAUACCUUUGAAGAGGAGCCAACGCUGCAUCUCAAUCCCUCAAACGCCAGUCCUCCCAUCAUUACGUCGAGGUCGUAUCCUUCGUCUUCCACUGAGCAGCCCGGGUUAAGAGCCCCGCUGCCCAACAACCACAAUCAUACCAGCCCACGACCACCACGGAAUCCGUCUGCCGGCCCGCCUGAUGACCCUAGAAAGAUAUUCAAGCCAUUAGAAGACUACAUCACAAAAUGUUUCAGUAACUUUGAAUGCAUCAAUUCUUCCUUCUCUACACAACAUCCCCGAUAUGCCUCGAGAUCCGCUAGUGACACUCCUCGACGUCCUUCGGUCCCGAUGAAGGACAUGCGGCAGCCUCCGCAAACAAAGAGUGCGCCUCGCAGGCCAUCUCAGUUGGAGGUUGACUCUCCCAUGAUGGAUUUGGACCCCAGAAUGUUGAUGUUGGGCGACGUCGCGGAGAAUGGGCUGUGGUGGACCGGGCAGGAUCCGAUGGCGCCCAAAAAGCCUCCCAGCAAGGACAAGGAGGAGUCGGUUCAUGCUCACCGGCCGCCUCCGCUUACCAAGUCGCCGCAGCUGAAUUGGGCCGACAUUGAUGACUGGUACUCCGUCGUGAACAAUGCAGCGGAGGGUUGGUUCGAAAUCUUUGAAGAAGUGUCAGGCGAUCUCUCACUGGGCGACCUUGCUGAGCAAGAGCUUCGCGCAAUUGAGCAGGAUGUGCUCAAAGGGCAGGCUCACACCCAGCGGCUGCUGUUGAAAGCUACUGAAAACCUGCUCAAGAGACCUGGCCGUCCCCUCAACAAUCCGAUGGAUCUUCGAUUCCUCCUCAUCAUAUUGGAGAAUCCGUGUCUUCACUCAGAUAAUGAAAGCUUCAGCGGUCUGCUCCAGCCAGAAGGGAGCAGGCCGGUGGGCUCGAAAGCAACGGACGCGAAGGGCCCGUCUGGAAGUGCUGGACUCUUAUCGGGGCAGCACUCUGGCAUCAUCAAACGAAUCAUGGGCCUGAUUUCGAAUGCAUCGUCAGAUUGUCAAAAUCAGAUGAUAACCUGGAUGGCUAGAUACCAUGCCCCACGCUUCAUCAGAGUGAAGGAGCUGGCUUCCGGGUUCUUGACAUACCGAAUGAUCCGACAAAGCGAGAAGAAGCAAACUGAGCCAACAGUAGACCCCACGGCUGGGUUGAUUCCGCAGAUGCAUGCUGGUCGCUCGGGCGGUGCGUCUCUCCACGAUGCCAUAGGCGGUCCCAGGCCUGCCAAGAAGCCCAAGGAGCCGGCCAAGAAGAUAUCUUACGCAGACGACUGGCAGAUCAAAGCAGCUUCCCGCGUUUUGUCUCUCUUAUUUUCUGCCAACAACAUGCUGCCGGCCCGUCGCAGCGACGAUAUCCAUCACAACGGACCAAAUACCUGGAAUAGAACCACUCGUGCUAGCGGGUUUUUCCUACCGCCUACCGAUUUCUACAACUCCAUGAUAGACUACACCGACCUCAUUGACGAUUUCGAGUCGUGGGAAUCCAGGAGAAGCAAAUUCUCCUUCUGCCAAUAUCCGUUUCUGUUGAGCAUAUGGGCGAAGACACACAUACUAGAGCAUGACGCUCGUCGGCAGAUGCAAAGCAAAGCCCGAGAUGCCUUUUUCGACAGCAUCAUGACGCGAAGAAAUAUCAACCAAUAUCUGGUUUUCGAUGUACGCCGAGACUGCCUUGUCGACGACAGUCUAACGGCAGUGAGCAGCGUCAUUGGCAGUGGUGGAGAGGAUUUGAAGAAGGGCUUGCGCAUCUCAUUCCAGGGAGAGGAGGGUAUCGACGCGGGCGGUCUCCGCAAAGAAUGGUUCCUGCUCCUUAUCCGGGAGGUGUUCAAUCCCGACUACGGAAUGUUUAUAUACGAUGACGACUCGCAAUACUGCUACUUCAACCCCAACUCGUUCGAACCCUCUGAUCAGUUCUUUUUGGUUGGCGUUGUUAUGGGCUUGGCUAUCUACAAUUCGACUAUUUUGGAUGUUGCGCUGCCCCCUUUUGCCUUCAGAAAACUGCUUGCUUCGGCUCCUUCUCCCCCAGGAACUAUCGCAGCACAACAUCGAUCUCCGAUGAGGUAUACGCUGGAUGAUUUGGCGGAAUACCGUCCACGGCUGGCAAAUGGCCUGAAGCAGCUUUUAGCCUUUGAUGGCGACGUUGAAGAGACCUUUUGCUUGGACUUUGUGAUUGAGACGGACAGAUAUGGGUCCAAGACACAGGUGCCUCUCUGCCCCGGAGGUGAGAGCAAGCCCGUGACAAACGAGAAUCGGCGAGAUUAUGUCGAUCUGUAUGUCAGAUACGUCCUGGACACGGCGGUCAAGAGACAGUUUGAGCCCUUCAAGAGGGGCUUUUACACGGUCUGCGGCGGCAAUGCCUUUUCCCUCUUUCGGCCCGAGGAGAUUGAGCUCCUUAUCCGGGGCUCUGAUGAGUCGCUGGACAUUGCGUCCCUGAGAGCCGUGGCAGAGUAUGAUAACUGGGAGAGCAAGCAGCCCGAUGAAACAGAGCCCGUCAUUGGUUGGUUCUGGGAGACGUUUCAACAGGCCACCCCCAGUGAUCAGCGGAAACUCCUUACCUUUGUCACUGGAAGUGACCGCAUACCAGCGAUGGGGGCUGCUUCGCUGACGAUCAAGCUGUCUUGCCUGGGCGAUGACUGCGGGAGGUUUCCCAUUGCCAGAACGUGCUUCAAUAUGCUCUCUCUGUGGCGCUACACGUCAAAGGAGAGACUUGAAUCGAUGCUGUGGAGGGCGGUUCAUGAAAGUGAAGGAUUUGGUCUCAAAUGA